AUGCCGGGGCCACCUACUCGUGAGGAGGAUGUGAACGAAGGGGAGAAGGAGACCACUGGUGAGGAUGUCACUGCGCCGAGUCGAUGGCCCACGCACCCAUGCCGGGGCCGCCUCCCCACGAGGAAGAGGAGACCUCCAGGGAGGAUGUCAUCGUGCUCGUAUCCCUGUGGUAGGGUUUACCGCCUGGGUCGGUUGUUCACUAUGAUCAUGGAUCUGCCAACAGUCCAAGAAAUAUUACUGUACCAUGUAGAAGAAAAGAGAUCUAGUGGCCCAGAUGAAGCCAAUGAGGUGGUGGAGGACGAACAAGAGGUAUACCUUAUAGAAGGGCAGAGAUCUAGUGGUCCUACUGAAGCCAAUGAAGUGCUGGAGGAGGCGGAAGAGGAUGCUACAAAUGGUGAUAACAACUUUUGUGCUAGUUGUGAUAGUCGCUACAAGGCAAACACAUUUUGGAUUAGCUACGACGAGUGUGGAAAAUGGUAUCAUGGAAAGUGUGUAAAUAUAACAUCUAGUGAAGCAGAGCAUAAGGAACACUAUGAGUGUCCUGAUUGCUACUAUGAGAGGGUUGGUUGGUCAUGA